AUGUCGAGCGCGCCGUCGUUCGAUGACACGUGGCCCGAACAGGUGGAACUCGUGCCCACUCGAUUCGGCCCCCUGCGCGUGACUAUAUCUGGCGACCGCCGGAAUCACCCGCUCUUCACGUAUCACGACAUCGCUCUCGAUCACGCGUCGUGCUUCGGAGCGCUCUUCAGGUGCCCCGACACCGCGCCGCUGUUGCGGCAGCACUUCUGCGUCUUCCACGUGGACGCGCCCGACCACGAGGAGGGAGCGGCAUCGGGGCGGCAGCAGCGGAGAAAGCUAUCGGCGGAUGACUUGGCGGAGCAGGUCGCGGACGCCAUCGCACACUUCGGUCUCCCAGCGGUGACGGGCCUUGGCGUCACGGCAGGCGCGUACGUCCUCACGCUGCUCGCGAUCAAGCGGCCAGAGCUGGUGCGCGCGCUCAUCCUGGUGUCGCCGGUGUGCCGCACGCCCACGUGGAGCGAGUGGGCCUUCAACAAGUUGCUGCUGUCCGUGCUGUCUCUGUCGGGGCUGCCCGCCCUUGUGUCGGGCGCCUUCUCUGGCCGAUACCUCAGCCCAGCCUCGCACACCAAGGGCGGCACCUCUUCUGCCACACACCUCGCAUGUCAGUCGCUAGCAGCUCAGCCGCUCUCACCACGGUCGCAGCCCUCGCACCCGCGAGCAGAGGAGGGCGAGGAGAGGGAUGCGCGUGCUGUGGCACAGUAUGCCGACGCCUUCAACAAUCGGAGGGACAUAUCACAGCAGGUGCGGCGCAUCACAUGUCCGUGCCUCGUGCUCGUGGGCGAGCACUCCGCCUUCCGAGACGACGCCCUGCACCUGCACGCACACCUACCGCCGCACCUCGCCGCUUGGUUCCAGGUGCCCUCCAGUGGGUCGCUGGUGACAGUGGAGUGCCCGCACCGCCUCUACACCCCCCUUGACAAGUUCCUCCGCACUUCACGCUUCCCCCGCCCCCCCUGCUCUCCCCCACGGCCCCCCUCCGCCGUCCCCUGCUCCUCCUGCCCGCUGCCCUUCCUGCACGCGUCCCCCCUCCCCCUGCCCUGGGCGUCCUCCCUGCCCCCUCGCUCCACCACUCAGUACCGCCCACACUCGUGCAUGCCUCUCUCACACCACUACGACCCGUCAGCCGUCUGCGGCCUCUCCCUCUCCUCCUCGUCCUCAUCCUCGCCCUCCUCCGAUGACUCGCCUCACGCCUCCUCCAUCACCUCCUCCUCCUCCAUCUCCCACUCGCCCUGCCUCUGCCUGUCCCCCUUCUCGUGCUCCUCCUCGCUGUGCCAGUCCCCCCAGCCCUCAUUCCGCGCAGAGGACCUCUCCCUGGAAGCCAUCGCCUGCAAGCUCAAGCCCAUUCGCACGCGCAUGCCACCUGGGUUGCCCGGUGUGGGUAAUGGGUUGCUAGCUCGAGGGAAGCCGGGGUGGUGCUGA